AUGUGUGCCCCUUUGACGGAUCGGGAACCCCAAAGAACUACCGAGGGCGACGGAUUUCCGGAUGCAAUAUCGAAGUACUCCAACCUUUGCCGUCAUAUUCAGUCUAGUUCAAAAACCCAUCCAUCACUCGUCUUCAACGCCUAUCAACAACCAGGUGUUCUCAUACCGUUUUUUCGCACACCCACGCAUUCAUGCAUUUGGAUUCGCACCGAUCCUGGAUUUCUACUCUACGUUCGUUCAUUGGGAACGACAGUUGCUAUGGACGUCAAACUCACAUCGUGA